AGGGUUGGCAUUUGAAAGAUUAUACUUUUGCAUGCAGCUUCUGCUGAGGUACGACCGUGCCGACGAAGCUGAAGACAUUGCGGAGGGUUACAUGGACGGCCACGCGGACGACUGCCUGCACGCUGCCUUGUACGCACAAGCCUUGUCGCAGCGGCGCAGCCCAGCGACUGGAGAGUUGGUUACAUCUCAACGCAUGGAGCUGCUUCAUAGAGUUUGUGAAGCGGACCCUACAAACCCCCAAGUUCUGGAAUAUGUACAGCUUAUUGAACAAAAUGAGCAAGGAGAGGAGAGCGUGAUCGAGUGCUUGCGUCUCUUGGCCGACUUUGUGGACUGCCCCGACAAUAAGGACAGCAUGGAUGCCUGGAGGAGGCUGUGCCACAUUACGGUACUCACGGGACACAGUGAAGAUGCAGCUGUCAGGGACUGUGGCAGUCGUCUGUGGCAAGAGCGUGGCGACUACUGGCUGCCGUACCACUUUUCUCCGCACCUGGAUGGCAGUCCUGAGACGUGGAUCCUGAAAGUAGUCUUCUUGCUGGCCCUGGGACAGACUGUGGGCAAGGCAGGGGGCUACAUCUCUGAAGUGGAGAAAAGGCUCCUCGAGCACGACGCCGAACUGCUGGAAAAGUUUAGGGCGGCCCAGGAACAGGUGCUGUGUGCUCCCGUGCUUGACCACCUCUUGGAAGAGGCUCUACGGGCAGCCCGUCACUUCACGAGCUGAUGGUAUCCCAUCCACCAGUAGUGCUGUGGAGGCCAACCAAGUGAAUACAUGAAUAUGAUUUGAGCAUGAUGCACUCUAGUGCGAUUAACGAGACACAAGGUGAAGGUAGCGCUCAGACGAAGGGCUGCUCCUUUGCGAAAAUAUCAAGAGGAUUAGUAGCUAGCUGCAAGUGUUCUCUUUUUGCAUGUGUAGCUGUGUGUUUGUGCAUGUUGUGCAGGAAGAGUUACAUUCGACAUCUGAAGAAAAGCGCCCAUAUUAGAGUUUGAUGUUUUCAGGUGCACCAGUACUGUUUUUCAGCCUUCGAAGUAUGGCCAAGGACCAGUUUUUUUAACUGAAAAUUGUUUUCUUGGCAGGCAGCUCUGAAACACUCCCGAAAAUUGUCAAACUAUAAUUUUUGGAAAAUUGAAAAAAAAAAAAGUAGUCGAGUAGGAAUGUGCAAAUAAUGCUUUUUGAGACUGAAUCGAAUACUGCCAGAAGCGAAUCGAAUAUCGAAUAGUUUUAGAAUAAUGAACAGCCGUUACCACAAUUAAGGGGGGAUGUGGUAAUUAAAAUUAUCAUUACUUAUUUCUGAACCAAACUUGAUAAAAGUUGCAUGCUUGUUUAUUUUCUUCUUUUGAUUCUAAAAAUGCAGAUAUUUUUUCUGUAGGUUCAUUAUGUAAUUAAGAAAACAAUGUUUUGUUCUUACUACAAUAUAAAAAUAACCACUGCACAAAAAUAGACAAAUGACAUAUGGACCAAUAGCAGAAAGCACAAGCUUCACAACAUAGGAAGCACUUUUAUGAUUGGAUCAAUAUUUCUUACUUUAUGGUACACUGAACUCUAUUGUUUUGAACAUGGCCAUGCAUUAGUCACACAAAAGACAAAUUUUAAAAACUUAAAAACAAAGAAACUUGAAAAACUGUUUCCUAUGUUGGGCGCUCCAAACAGGUAGCUCAUGCUGCAAAAAAAAAUUAACGUUAUAUCUAUGGUGGCUACUGAUAUAUCACAGCAAAUGUCUUGCUGGGUGUGCAAAAUUAGUAUUUCGAGAAAAUCAAGAAAACAAACAAAUGUGACGUUUAUUUGUGAAGAGUCACAAAUGUGUACACAUACACACUCCCAAAACAUUAGUAGGCUCCUGGGGCAUAGUCGGUUUGGGCAUCAGCACCUCUGUGGCGCUUUUUGAAUAAGCACUGCACAUGUUCUGCCGAUGCACUCUUCUGUUCAGAUGCGGCUGAUCGGCGUCGGUCUUUUUCCGCCAUGCGCUGCAUAUACUUUUGGCCAGGGUUCAUCCAGAGUUCUUGCAGAAUGCUUGCCGAGGUUCUCCUGCAGCCAGCAUUGAAUUUUGUCACUGUUUCCGCCACAGCAGCCUCAACGCUGAAGAAGUGCCGCUCCUUCGGUGCGAGCGCCCGUAUUAGCGAGUGCAGGUUUUUGUUGUUGUUCUGUGUUUUGCCUCGCCGGCAACGUUCAAGCAGCAUCUUGUUAGAGAGCUGUUGGUAAAUUGGCAGUAACGCCUUGCUGACAUGA